GCGGCGGCGCAGGCGUAGUGCGUCACGGGUGGCCUGGCAGCUGGCGGCGCUGAGGUGGACGCGUCUAGAGGGUUGUCUGACCGUGGAGUCGGGGCUUUGCUUUGGGGGCAUGAGCCGAGGGGACUACGCCGAGGUGACGAGUAUUUCGUAGAGAUUGAUGGAAGCAGAAACCAAAACUCUUCCCCUGGAGAAUGCAUCCAUCCUUUCAGAGGGUUCCCUACAGGAAGGGCACCGGUUAUGGAUUGGCAACCUGGACCCCAAAAUCACAGAGCUGACCAAAUUCCCAGAGUGUCUCAGGGGCUGUUCUUUCUCCAUAGAUACCACCUCCUCAAGCUCCUGCAGAAGUUUGGCACGGUGAAGCAGUUCGACUUCCUCUUCCACAAGUCAGGUGCUUUGGAGGGACAGCCUCGAGGGUACUGUUUCGUUAACUUUGAAACUAAGCAGGAAGCAGAACAAGCCAUCCAGUGUCUCAAUGGCAAGCUGGCUCUGUCUAAGAAGCUGGUGGUGCGAUGGGCACACGCGCAAGUGAAGAGAUACGAUCAUAACAAGAAUGAUAAGGUCCUUCCGAUUAGUCUUGAGCCAUCCUCAAGCACUGAGCCCACUCAGUCUAACCUAAGUGUCACUGCAAAGAUAAAAGCCAUUGAAGCAAAGCUGAAAAUGAUGGCAGAAAACCCUGACGCAGAGUAUCCAGCAGCACCUGUUUAUUCCUACUUCAAGCCACCAGAUAAAAAAAGGACUACUCCUUAUUCUAGAACAGCUUGGAAAUCUCGAAGAUGAUGGUUAUGAAUUACCAUAACAGCAAAAGCAAAUUGGUGUCCACACCUGAAAUCCUCUGCCUUUGUGCUUGUAGCUGUGAAUGGUACUAUCCGACAGAGCACAGUCACAUGUUAGAGUUUGGUAACAUAACGUCUUUGGAUGUUCUUAUGGAUGUUUCUUCCCUGAAGUAUGUGUGGAAUUGAGCAUCAUCCAGAAUAAAUAGGAUUGUAUCCAAAACUGUGAUUUGAACACUGGGAUGCUCUAGUUGGCUGGUUUGUUUGGAUUUGUAACUCCAGAAACAGUAUAUAGUGUGCCAGAGAGAAAGGCAAACGUAAAAAAUGUUACUAUUUAAAUCAGGAAACUUAAGUUAUUAAUAUCCGUCUUAAAAAAAACAAACAAAACAUUUUCCUGUACUCAAGUGUCUUUACAACAUAAAGAAGAAGUAAAAGACAGGGAGGGAAGUGAGAGAUUUUUGAAUCGUGUUCAGAACUGCUGUUCCAGAAUUCUCUAUGGAAAUCCCUCCAACUGGACUAAAAGAAAAGGUUCUUGGCAAAAAGAGCUGUUUCUUUGAGCAAAUGUUGUGGUAAUAUGUUUAAGAAUUAUGCCUAUUGUUUCAAAAUCCCAACUAGGAAAACAUGGUGUGUAUCUUAAAAAAUUGUUUGCAUUGACAAAACUGUAGAAUGAAAUUUAGCAUUUUAUACCACAAUGGAAGUUCUGUUUGGAAAUCCAGUUUUUCUACUGGGAUCAUUUUUUAAGAAUCUGAAUAAUCCUGCCUCUAUAAUACCAAAUGUCAUUAUUAAUAUGGGACUUUUAAAAUUGCAUUUAUUGCAUGAGAUUGUUUUUAAUAGCAUGAGGAUGUUCUAUUUGGAAUUGUAUCAUGGUCAAUCUAAAUAGAAAAGCAAAAUUUCUUUGAAAACUUAAACAUUGCUAUAUUGAUCUCUAACAAACAUGUUAUUUAUUAAUAAUUGUGUAGAGGUCUGAGUAGAAGAAAUCAAAUUCUCUUAUGUGGGGUGAGGUGGGGACAUGCAGUGGACACAGAAAGUCAAUGGAGCAGGCACUGCUCUGGCGCCGAGAUUGUAAUGACCUCAUGUUUUAUGUGGUUUUUAAAGGCUUGAAAGACUGCAUGACUUUAAAACGAUUCUUCAUUUUUAGAACCUACUUCUCCCUAGAUAUUUUUUGCCUCUGUGAACAUUUUAAAUAUAACAGUAGAGAAAGAAAAAGAAAUCAACAGAUUUGGGAGUGUGUUUCUGUCAGCAGUGUUGGUUGGUCAUUUUGGUGCAAAGUUGACAGACUGUUUCAUUGGGCAGCACCAUUGCUUCUUUACCAGGUAAAUCAUUUUGUUACCCAACGUGCCACUCUUAGUGAGUACAGACUGUUUACCGUCAUUUUUCCUAGCAAGAGGAAGCUUUCAUUAUAGGAACUUAAGUCUUCCUAUGAGCAUAAAUGAAUUUAAGACACUUGAACCAAAACUUCAGCAUAGUGAGGUUUCAGAAUUCACAGAACCGGUUCAGAGAAAUUCUUAUCACCUUUCCCAAGGUAAAGCUUUUCAGAUAUCUUUAAAUGUUAAAUACUUCCUGUGUUUAUGAGCUCAGUCUAAGAUGCGAGUAACUCUCUUUCCACUUGGGGGAUAGGUCAGGGAGGAAGGAGCAUUAUCUCCCAUUUUUCUGGUGACUUCUGAGAGCAUAGAAUUCACCAUUUUAUCCUUAAGUCCUCAGAGAGUUAUGGUGGAGUAGGACUUAAUUAAUGCAAAAUAGUCUUCUAUUUUUAAUAGGAACUUAGAAAAUACUUAACUUUGAAUUAUCUAGAGUUGUUUCCUUUAGAAACCAGAGCUAUUUAUUUGUAUUUAAAGCAAUGUUUGUUAUUUGUACCAAUUCUUAUUCCUCUGUGUGAAUAAAUGCAAGACGGUG